GGAUGGCACGACAUAUGAUGGCGAAGCUGUCAGGCCUACCAAGGCAGAAGACGUGUCUGAUGAGGAUAAAGCGACAGCUCUGAGUAUAAAGUCUCAGGCCAAUGCGCUGUUCGGCCAGUCGAGAUACCACGAAGCUGCCAAUCUCUACACACUCUCGCUCAACAAGAAUCCGUUUGAUCCGGCGGUAUGGUCCAAUAGAGCUGCCACACGGCUGAAGCUGGAAGAACAUGGACUUGCCAUCUCGGAUUGCACAGAGGCACUCGCUCUCGAUCCACGCUACGUCAAAGCUUACUACCGCCGAGCGCUCGCCAAUCUCGCCAUCGUGCAAGCAAAAUCAGCCAUCAAGGACUUCCGUGUCGUUAUGAGGCUUCAGCCAGCCAAUACGGCUGCAAAGAUUCAGCUAGAGAGCACAGAGAAACUCAUAAGGCGGCUGGAAUUCGACAAGGCGAUUGCGAGCAGAGAAGAACCCAGCGCAAUCGAGAAAUGUAGCGAUCAGCUCAAGACGGGCAUGGAUAUCGAAGCUAGUUACGCCGGUCCUCGACUACGAACAGACUCGUCUGGAUCACCAGAGAUUACCCAAUCUUUCUUGGACCAAAUGGUCACUUUCUUCAAGGAUGGCAAGGUACUGCCGAGGAGGAUAGCUUGGCAAAUUGUAUUGGGAGCCUACAACGCUCUCUCAAAGGAGCCCUCGCUCGUAGAGACGACGAUCUCUCAGGGACAGCACAUCGACGUUCUUGGCGAUACCCAUGGACAGUAUUGGGAUCUCUGCCACUGCCUCAAAUUGACUGGCCAGCCUGGGUCUGAUCACAAGAUGGUCUUCAACGGCGAUUUUGUAGAUCGAGGCAGCUGGAGUACAGAGGUCGUCCUCACUUUGUUUGCGUACAAAUGGCUAUACCCAGAGCAAGUCUUUCUGAACCGUGGAAAUCACGAGACAUCAGAUAUGAAUAAAGUGUACGGCUUCGAGGGCGAGACGAAGAAAAAGUACAGCGAGAUGACGUACAAGCUGUUCGAAGAAGUCUUUGCUGCCCUACCUAUUGCUACUCUUGUAACGGCAUCGUGCCCACCUGCUGGUCCAGUUGACGCACGAUUGCCCUCUGUUCCCAUCCUGCACAAAGGAACAAGACGUUAUCUUAUCUUGCAUGGCGGCUUAUUCAGCAAGGACGAGACUUCGCUGGCAGAUGUUCGCAAGAUCCAGCGCUUGAAGUCGAAGCAACCUCAGUCGGGAACCAUCAUGUCCGAAGCGCUCUGGUCGGACCCGCAAGCAUGGCCAGGUAGAGGCCCAAGCAAGCGUGGUAUCGGACUCGAUUUCGGUCCGGAUGUCACCCAACGUUUCGCAAAGACAAAUGAGCUGACUGGAAUCAUACGUUCGCAUGAAGUGAGACAGGAGGGCUACAGCAUAGAGCACGACGGUCUGUGCAUGACCGUCUUCUCGGCACCGAAUUACAUCGAUCAAGUCGGCAACAAGGCGGCUUUCAUUCGCAUUUCAGACGACGGCAAACUAGAUUUCGAGACUUACGAAGCGCAACCUCAUCCUGCUAUACGACCGAUGGCCUAUGCUGCCAGUGGCUUUGCGCAAGGCAUGAUGUAAAAUACGCAGAAUCCUAUUGCAAGCUUGCAGAUCGAACGUGUUGAAGUCACG